UGGUGCGCGGGGGCGCGGGCUGCGUGUGGCGCGGGGCGGGGCGCGGCGCGGCUGAUGCGCCUGAGGAACGAUGGCGGCGGCCUGAACUCACCUAGUACCGCCGCGACGACAGGGCCUGGCCAGGGUCCGCGUUCUAUUUGUAAGUCUGGACUGGGCAGUGUUCUCUGAGCUUGCCACUUCAAUCUGGUGUAACCUCUGACUCCAUGGCCAGCUACUGGCUCAUACAGACCGGAUGAAGCAGACUGGAGACAGAAGUGGAGAAAGCCUCCAACUGGCAAAUCCUCGGAGUGUAGUACUCUGGCUGCUGGACCUGUCCAGCCUUCCUCAUGGAGAGGAUGAACUGGCUGAGCAGACUGGCCUCCAGGGGUCCUGGGCACCGUGUACCUCAAGGGGCCAGCCUGCAGACUCCAGUCAUGGCUGACCCUGAGACCUGCCUCAUGGUCUUCAAGAAUCACUGGUCCCAGGUGGUGCGAAUCCUAGAGCGGCAAGGCCCUCGGGCAGCUCCUGGAGGUGCAGAUGAUCUCAGUGCUGUGCGCAACCACACUUACCAAAUGUUAACACUGCUGGCAGAGGAUCGUGCAGUCCCUUCAGCCCCCACAGUCCCGGGGCCCCUUCUUGAGUUUGCUCUGCAUGAGGAUCUGCUGACCCGUGUAUUGACAUGGCAGCUGCAGUGGGAUGAGCUUGGGGAUGGGGUUGAGGAACGGCGGGCUGAGCAAUUGAAACUAUUUGAGAUGUUGGUGAGCGAAGCUCGUCAGCCCCUGUUGCGGCAUGGUCCAGUUCGUGAGGCUCUGCUCACCCUACUGGAUGCCUGUGGCCGCCCUGUGCCUAGUAGCCCAGCACUGGAUGAAGGCUUGGUGCUUCUUCUCAGCCAGCUGUGUGUGUGUGUGGCCCGGGAGCCUUCAUUGCUUGAGUUCUUCCUGCAGCCACCUCCUGAGCCAGGAGCUGCCCCGCGUCUUCUACUCUUUUCUCGCCUUGUCCCUUUCGUCCAUCGAGAGGGCACCCUGGGGCAACAGGCCCGCGAUGCCCUACUUCUGCUCAUGGCUUUGUCAGCGGGGAGCCCUACGGUGGGCCGCUACAUCGCGGAUCACUCUUACUUCUGCCCGGUGCUGGCCACAGGGCUAAGCGCCCUGUACUCCUCACUGCCCCGAAAGAUUGAGGUUCCAGGGGAUGAUUGGCACUGCCUGCGGCGGGAAGACUGGUUAGGAGUGCCAUCCCUUGCACUAUUUAUGAGUUCCCUAGAAUUCUGCAACGCAGUCAUUCAGGUGGCUCACCCCCUGGUGCAGAAGCAGCUGGUUGAUUAUAUCCAUAAUGGGUUCCUGGUGCCUGUCAUGGGCCCUGCCCUGCACAAGACCUCUGUGGAGGAGAUGAUCGCCAGUACCGCCUAUCUGGAACUUUUCCUACGGAGUAUCUCAGAACCUGCCUUGCUCCGUACCUUUCUGCGAUUCCUGUUGUUACACCGGCAUGACACCCACACCAUCCUUGACACCCUCGUUGCCCGUAUUGGCAGCAACUCCCGGCUCUGCAUGGUUUCUCUGAGUCUCUUCAGGACCCUCCUGAACCUCAGCUGUGAGGAUGUCCUAUUGCAGUUGGUUCUCAGGUAUCUUGUCCCAUGUAACCAUGUGAUGCUGAGCCAGAAACCAGCUGUGCGUGAUGUGGAUCUUUAUGGACGAGCAGCUGACAAAUUUCUUUCCCUAAUCCCACGCUGCUGUCGACACCAUGCCCCCAGCCCACCUCGUCCAGAGCAUGCCUCGUGGGCACGAGGUGGGCCUACCAGAGAGGCAGGGAGAAGGGAGGACAUCACGGGCCCCGGAAGCCCAAGUGUUGAUUCCUCUUCUGUGGUAACAGUGCCUCGGCCCUCUACGCCAUCUCGUCUGGCUUUCUUCCUUCGACAGCAAAGUCUGGGUGGCUCUGAGUCCCCAGGCCCAGCUCCUCGCUCACCAGGUCUUGCUACAUCCCCAGCCUCCAGCCCUGGCCGACGACCCAGCCCUGCAGAGGAGCCUGGUGAGCUGGAAGACAAUUACCUGGAGUAUCUGCGUGAGGCGCGCCGUGGUGUGGACCGCUGUGUCCGAGCCUGCCGUACCUGGUCUGCCCCUUAUGAUGGCGAACGGCCCCCUCCUGAGCCCAAUCCUCUUGGCUCCCGGACUAAGAAACGCAGCCUACUGCCUGAGGAGGACAGGGACAAUGUGGGGGAAGGGGAGGAGGAGGAACUAGGAAGUAGGGGGCUGCCUGGGGGCUUAGGGGAGGGCCCUGGCCACCUGCCCCCUCCCCAGCUCAAUGGGGUGCCAGGACCAUGGCCUGAGGGGGCCAAGAAGGUUCGCCUGGUGCCACGUCUGGUGCCACAGGAGGGAGCUGGGGAGUUAUUAGAGGGCACCUCUGAGGGCAUAGCAGGACUAGAGAGUUUUGGGCAAGAGCUCCAGGAGCUGGAGGUGGCAUUGAGCAAUGGUGGAGCUGGCUCAGAAUCCCCCCUAGAGCCUCCACUACCUCUUGAGGAGGAGGAGGCCUACGAGAGCUUCACCAGUCCCCCUGAACCCCCCGGCCCCUUCCUCAGCAGCCCUUUGCGGACUCUGAACCAGCUGCCGAGCCAGCCCUUCACUGGCCCCUUCAUGGCUGUGCUCUUUGCCAAACUCGAGAACAUGCUGCAGAACUCCGUCUAUGUCAACUUCCUGCUGACGGGGCUGGUGGCCCAGCUGGCCUGUCACCCCCAGCCCCUGCUCCGCUCUUUCCUGCUCAACACCAACAUGGUCUUCCAGCCCAGUGUCAAGUCCCUGCUGCAGGUGCUGGGCUCUGUGAAGAAUAAGAUUGAGAGCUUUGCGGCCUCUCAGGAGGACUUCCCAGCACUACUAUCCAAAGCCAAGAAGUACCUCAUUGCCCGUGGCAAGCUGGAUUGGGCUGAGGGUCCCACAGCAGGACCUGCCCCCCGCCGCUCCGAUCCCCUAGUGAAGAGCCGGAGGCCAUCCUUGGGGGAGUUACUCCUGCGGCAUGCACACAGUCCAACCAGGGCCCGGCAGGCGGCACAGGUCCUUCAGCCUGGGAGAGACGGAGCAGGACUUGGCCUAGGUGGGGGCUCCCCUGGGGCUUCAACUCCAGUUCUACUCCCCCGGGGCGGGGCCCCUGAGCGCCAAGGUGAGGCUCUGCGAGUCAAGAAUGCUGUCUACUGUGCAGUCAUUUUCCCUGAGUUUCUCAAGGAGUUGGCUGCCAUCUCCCAGGCCCAUGCUGUCACCUCGCCUUUCUUGUUGGAUACUUCAGAGGAGGGAUCUGGCCCUCCCAUCUCAGGCUUUGGACCCCUCAAUCCUUAAUUUUCUUCCAUGGACAAUCAGGGCCACAGGUGGCCUGGACUGAGGCCAAGGCACAGGCUCCUUUUUAUGUUUGGAGGCAGUGAUAAAAGAACUUUUUAAUUUAUUUCAGAUAAAUGUUUUAUGGAGAACUUGUUGCAAUAUGUAUAAAAGGGAAAUCUCUAUUCUGUGCUCAUUCUUCUUUCCCACCCUUUAUCAGUGGGACUGGGACCCCAAAAAGGUUGUACAUAGAUGGGGAGGUCAUCAGGGGUAUUUUUCUCUGGUGAGGACAUCGAUGCCAGGGUUUCAAGUACCUCUUAUGCCCUUAGCUGGUAAGAGGUCAUGAAGCCUAGGGAAAAAGUGGGAACUGUCUCUGGACCCCAGAAUGAAGAAGCAGCAUGAGCCCAGGAUGGUUCUGGGGAGCAGCAGCUGAUGUUUAUUGGGGACCAGUAUCUUGGGGACCUUGCCCCCUGCAUCUCUCGCCUCAGCUUCAGUCGUCGCUGUCGAACUCCGAGGACAGACCCUGCAGCAGGGGCAGGGACAUGGAGUGCCGAUCGGGGUCCCCGGGGCCCCCACCCUGGGCUCCUGGUGGGGGGCUGCGGGGGCUGAAGAGCCAGUUCUCUGCCAGGGUUGGGGAUAGUAACAGCUUGACUCAUGCCCUGGUCUUUUUGCCCCCCUGGUCCCACCCUCUGGUCCUGCAUGCUAUCCCCGCCCCCUCACCAGGGCCAUGCUUCCAUCUCACCCACCCCUGGCUCCUUCACUCCAUCCCUCUCACCAAGGACCUGUGCACAGUCUUGUGUGUCUUGUGUGACCCACAUAUCCUAGGCUAUACUCCCCAUGUCCCCUCUGUGCCCCAUUUUGUCCCUCCCAGCCCUCGCAUCGUCACUUCCCUUAGCAGUACCUGACAGCAUCUGGGGCCCUUUCCGGAAGGGGUUUCGGCCCUUGUAGGAGAAUCUGGUGGGUCUGCCUUCUGGCCCUUCCUGGGGUGGUGUUGUAGGUGGGGCUGGGACAGGUGGGGGAACAUCAGCAGCUUCUGGGAGAUCAGUAGGUGCUGAUGUGGGGGCCAGAGUUGGCAUGAUGCUGAGGUUGGGUCUGACCCAGUUGGCCCCAUGGGGCAGUGGGUCUUUGGUUAGAGGCUUCUGUGGUCCCAGUACACCCUUGGGCUGCAAUGAAAACUUGAGGCAGGAGAAGGCAACAGGCAAUGACCGCUGUAACCGAAGCAGCUGGGGCUCACGGGCUGUAGGUAACAGCCCUAGCUGCAGCCAGGAGCAGGAGAAGACCUGAUAGAUGACAUAGAUGCUGUGGGUGCUUCGGAGCCAGGGAAGAGUCUGCUGUAGGCUCACCUGUCCUGGUGGCAGCAACAGGAAGGCAACCUUCUUACGCAGGCCACCCAUAUGUAGGCGGAUUCGGCAGGGCUGCCCAUCUAGCAGUCGCAUCUCUUCAUAGGCUAUCUCUGCUCGUCCAUUUGGUGAGUAUUCCCGAGUGCAGUGGGAAAAGGCACCCUCAGACCCUGCCUGUUCUAGGAGGUUUGGUAGCGGCCCCACUGGUUUUAGAGCCCUCCGGCCCUGCCGACCUGGCAAAGCCAGGCGGGAGUGGGCUGGGCGGGACUGUUUCACUAGCACGCCCAGUAGGUCAUAGCAGGCUGCAUCCGACAGGAAAGGUACUGCCACUACAUUGGACCCAAAGCGCUCCUCGAUGACCUGCAGGUGGCCAGUUUAUAAGUGAGUUACUGAGUUAGGGUCAGGAGUUAACUGGUAGCCUACUCUAGAUUGACCUUCCCACUGUUUCCUGUUGAGUUACUUCUCUACAUGCCCAGACUUAUACCUACUGCUUACCCACCAGUUCCCUCCUGUGGCAAAACCUUGGAUGUCUACUAUGUGCCAGACUAUGUUAGAUACUAGGAUACAUGUUAAGUGAGACACUGUUUUUGUCCAAUAUAACUCAGUCUAAUGAAGGAGACGUGUAAAUAGUCAGCUGAGUGAAGUAAUAGCAAGAUAUGAAGGCAAGAAGUGACCUAACAACCUUUGUCAUUGCUAGAAAGAGAAUCAAAGUAGGUUUCUAGGUUGUAAUACUUAAACUUUGAAGGAAUUAAUCAGAUAGGAAAAUAGUCAUUCCAGGCAGAGGGGACAGCCAAUGAAAGAAACUGAACUCUUAAACCAUGAGGGACAUGUUUAGGAACAAAUAUUUCAUAUUACUUACAUGUAAAGUAUGAAGACAGAUGGGCACACAGAAGCUAGAGUAUGAAAGGUCUUGUGUGCAUGCAUUUCAUAAAUGAUUGGAAUUUUAUACUGAAGGUAAUGGGGAGCCACUUGAAGGGCUCUGGGCAAGAGGGACAGGACCAGAAAGGUGUUUUAGAAAGCUGAUUUUUAAAAGGAAGGCAUAAAAUAAGAGAGAGAUGUCAUUUGAGAGUAUUGAAAUGCAAAACAUGAUGAAUCCCUGAACUAAAAUAAUGUGGAGAAAAUAUUGCUAUAUUUAGAUCAUAGAAUUAGUAGAAUUUGGUCUCUUAAGUUGUAUGGGAAAAGAAAUUCUCAAGGAUCAUUCCUAGGUUAUUGGUUGCUUUAGCCAAGAAUGCAUACACAGAAAUAGAUUUGUAAUGCCCAUUUUUUUGUCUAUAAACUACAUCAAGUACCUCUUAAUAAUAUACUUUCCACCCUAGUUGCAGAGGAUAGUUGCUUUAAGAAGUAAGAUUCUCAUCUUUGUAAUGUUAGUUCCAGGAUGCUUUUAGGAAUUCUAGUUCCCCACUUGUUUUCUUUUUGCUUGGUAACACAGAUUUAGAAAGUAUGUCGUACUUCAUGACCAACUGGGAACCCUAUAAUAUCCUCUUUAGUAAUUGUAUUUAGGUGUUAUGAUCUUAACCCAUUUCAACAUUUUGUUGGCUAAGACUUCUGGCUCUCUGUUCUGCUAGAAAGAAAGGGUCCACAAAAGUUCCUUUUUUGAGCCUCCUUCAUAUUUGAAUUCAUUGCUUAAAGUGCUGUAUUUUACUGCCUAUUCCCUGCCCCCAAAUUCAGCAUGUCUGUGUCCCUACUGGUGGUGUUGCCCACUCUCUUGGCUUUCUGGUAGGAUUCACUCAGUGGUCCCCUAAAACCAAUCUGCUUUUUGCUGCCCCCAGUAUAAAAAAAGAGGGUAGCUAAAUAAUGGAAUUUAGUCUACACUUUGGACAAGUGAUGUACUUUAAAGAUUGUCAUUUGUCAUCCGGCCAAGGAAAUAACUGGUGCUCUUUUUUGAUAUGCAUGGAAGAAUUUUCAUCACUCCUUCUCCUUUGCUUCAGUGAUACAAUGGAACACUUUUUUUUUGAGGGAGAUCAGUAGGCUGAAGAAUCAGAACUCUGAGAAGGGCCAGUUGGGUUUCCAGAUGUGAGAGCAGAACACUGGUGUUUUGGCAUUUUUGGAUGGAAUGCUUUCCCCCAUGACAAUGAAAGCAUAGCCACUGACAACCUCAGAAUCCCACCCUAGUUGUUCUUUUGGUGUCUUAAGAUCCUGAACAAAUAAGACAAAUGGGAGUGUUUCCAGGAGAGAUCUAAUAGGAGUCUGAUGUUUAAAAUACCUGGUGCUUAUUGUCCAAGUUUAUGCUAAAAGGGUGACUUUCUGGUUUAGCUAUUGGUUCUUCCCCUAGCAUGUAGGCAUUAAUUUUCUGUGGAGGUUUAUUAGGCCUUCUUCUCAUCCUUGAGGGCCCAGUGGUUAUUCUAAAAUAGGAAAAUUUAAAGAACUCAGUUCUUUGCUAGAGUGACUGUGUUCUUGGUAGAGUCACCAUUUAAGACUAUUCUUUCUGCUACUACUGAACUACUAUAAAGUACAGACUUUAAAGGGGUAUAAAUUCAGGUUUCCUAGGGGCAUCUCAGAAAAAAUGGUAGAUUAUCUUCCUAGAUACACUUUGCUUGGAAUUCUGAAUGGGGAAUUCUUGAGGCAGAUUCUGUUUAGCCACAUGUUUUACAAAGUGCCGAGUAAAUUGUUAGCAGUUUUGCAGAGAGGAAACAAGAUCACUCAAAGAUACCCUGAUCCUUAAAUUUGCCACAUAUCAAUAGUGACUUAGCCUGCAUAUGUCUACUCUGAUUUUCCAUAUAAAUAGUAUAGUGAGGUUUUAUUUUCAUAGUCAGAGAUGGUAUAGCAUUCUAAUAGUGGGAUACCCCUUUUACUUUCACUCUAAUUCUUAUUGGACUAAUCUAGAUUCAGCCUUCUCCAUUGCUGAAAUCAGUUUCUUUCAAAACUUGCAAAGACCAUGACUCUUUCAUUUUGGUUUCCCUCAUCUUUGUGGUGAGCAGCUUCCCAGGGAGUGGUAGCUACAUGCCAUUAAGGCUACUUUGAGUCAUGUGGACAUUGCUUUAAAGGGGUUUAGGCUUGGUGGGCUAUCUUCCUUUAAUGCUUUAAAUCCAUUUCCCAUCAAAUCACAUAGCCAUAACCUGAUUCUCCAAACUGAGAAAUUGCAGCUAUCUAGCCUUUAGCUGACAAGUAAUUUGGUGGGACUUACUAGAUGCCUGAAGCCUAAAUACAGCCACCAUCUCUUGUGCUCCUUGAAACUUACACAUUUGGCUCAAACCCAAAUUUCUCAUUUUGUUGGAAUUAAGGUGGAGAAAAUAUCUGUGAGUCCAGAUUACUUGGGCAGUUUAAAGUGCUUUUUAUAAUCGGCCCCUUUUCUCUUGUGUCUUCCUUUUCACAACUACUACUUUGCUGUAGAAGUCUGCAAUUGGGAAAUGCACAUUUUUCUUUUUCUUCUCCUGGUUUUUGAAUAUACUUUACCUUUAAUUAGUACACUCUUCAGUCUUCAUUCACCUCUAUUAACUCAGUCAGGUAUUUAUUAUGUACCCUUUAUGUGCCAGCUAUUUCUCUCCCUUUUUGUAUAAAUCUUUCUUCUCUAGCUAGAAUGUCACUCUCUAGGAAACCUUCCUAACCUCCCAAGUCCUAUCUUUGACUUCCUGCUUCUCUUCUGUGCUCUCAUAGCUCCCUACACAUUGCUUUUUAAGGGACCUUUAUUAAUAAUUUUGUAGUUAGGAUUAAAUGAAAUGAUUUGUGCAAAGCACUCUACCCCAGAGCCUGACACAUAAAUAAUGAGAAAAUGUUAGUUUACUAUUGUCUUAGACUACUUACUCUUCCCUACUUAGAAGCUGCUCAGACCCAUCCAGGUCACACUUUCACUUCCUCCUUAGCCUCCUUACUUUACCCACCUUAUCCUUGAUGAGGGUCCAGGUGGCAUCAGCUUCAUCCAGUGUUAGCAGGUGGGGGUUACUAACCAACAUGGUGGGGUGUGGGAAGGAUUGGAUAGGGCAGUGGCUGCUGCAGAAACCCCAAGCUGCCCGGAGAGGUGAGGCCCCACGCCCUGGGCUCUGACCUGUUGCUCAUGAGGUCAUAGAGGUCCUGCUAGGUGAUGGAGUCUUGGAUAGGAGAGGACAGUAACUUUCUUAGCCUCACCUGUGGUUCAUAUUCCUGAGUAACCUAUUCACCCUCCUACUUUAAGGGAGGAAAAUGUAGGUAUCUGUUAGGGUGUAGUUCUUGGUCUGGGUUUAUGUGUGUAGUUCUUGGUCUGGGUUUUCUAAGGAAACAGGAUCAGGGCUCUCCUCCUUUUAGUAGCCUUCCUGAAGCAAUUUACUGUCUGUUUAGCUCCAUAUGACUUCUUUGUGAGGUUGAAUAGAGAUCCUGAAGACAUGAAAAUAUGGCUCAGACUUAGAGCCAAGCAGUGGUUCUCAACCUUGGCUGCACUUUGGAAUUACCUGGGAAUGUUAAAAAUUACUAAUGUCUAUCUUCUACUCCCAGAGAUUCUGAUUUAAUUGGUCUGCAGGUGCCUGGGCAUCAUGAUUUCUAAAAACUCCUUUGGCCAUUUUAGUGUGCAGUCUUAAUUGAAACCCAUUAUCAAUGGGUGGGUUAUUAAGUACAGUGAAAAGCAGGCAUGUGUGUAGGAGGGUGCCAUGCUGAGCAGUGACAAUGUGGAGGGUAAGAAUCUAAGUGUGAUAAUGUUACCUUAGUAACUGGAAAGAAUUUUCAGGAAGUCAGAAUUACCCAAGUAAAUUUGAAGGAAAUUUCUUUAUGUUCUACUCCUCAUCUUAGGCUGAUUUGAGUCUAGUUCCUUCUCUCCUACUUCAGUUCUUACCUGUUAUCUCUCCUUGUGUCUUUAUCCAGAGGUCUCAAACCUAGUGUUUAACUGGAGAAAAUGGAUCCUGAUAACUAUUCUCCCACUCCUUAUCUGUCCAAGGAAUUCUCUCAGUCUCUCUGGCAAGUGUCCUUUGUGCCCAUGAAGACCUCUUUGUGUAGGGACUGUCCUCCCCUCUCUUGACCCAGAGUAUAGAGCCAUCCCAUAAAGUUGGCUGUCUUCUGAGCUACUGAGGUGAUAUGAGGGUAGGGCCCAGAGAAGGGUUCUACAGUGGUGGGAAAGAGUGUUGUCAAGAAAAAUUUCCUGAAGGAGAUGUAACUGGCCUCAGAGGAAAAUAAUGCUAAAUAUAUGGGUGCCAGGUCUUUGAGCAAACAUUUGACAGUGACUUGGUCCUAUUUUUCAGGAGGGAUGUUAAUAUCAAAUAUUUGUUGAGCUCUUCUAUGCUAGGGUCUAUGACAGAUACUUAAUGCAUUAUUUUAGUUGAUCCUUUUGGGAAACUUUAAUAAUAUUAUCCCAUUCUACAAUGAAGAAAAGCCUCAGAAAAGUUGAAUAAUUGGCCCAGGGCAUUCAGUGAGUUAGUGGAAUAUCUGGGAUUCAAUUCUAAGUCAGCUUGAUUCUAACUUAAGCAAUUAAACAAUAUUCCUUUUGGUGAAGAGAGAAAUUAACAUGGUCCUUCUGUUCACUUUGUGUGAUGGGAGAGAUAUGUGCUAGAUGGAAAGUAUGCGGUGGCUUAGUGGACAGAAAAUGGGUAGGAUGGGAGAAAAGCCACAACAGAACAAAUCAUAAACCUCAAAUUUCUCACUAAGACAAGUGAAACCAAGUUACUUCCUUUUAGUACAUCUUUUAUUUUCAUAAGGUAAGAUUAUUUAGUGUAGUUUAACGAGUACCUCUCCUCUCCAGAAGAGAAUUCUCAAUGAGUAAGACAAAAGUAGAGGGAGAAAGAUAUUCACAAGGACAAUAAACAUAAACAUGAGAUAAAACUGACAGUGCAAGGAGACAGUUUCAGAGGUACAGAGAUAAUGAGAAUGACUGAUAAACAGAUGGAGAAUGGAGUACUUGUAGAUACUGAGGGGAGUCCAUAAUGAAAUGGGUAGAUGAGGUAGUUAUAAUAGAGAGAUGGUGCGUUGUUGGUGAAAUAGGAUGAGGAGGAUUUCUCUAAGCUUCUUGUUCAUGGAGAUGGGCUCAGGAAAAAUUGGGUACUAAUGAACUCAGUCAGAGACUUAUACCUUCCAACUUUAUCUUGCUUUCUGAUUACUGCAAGUCUCUAGGCUCCCUAAAUUUCAUACUGCUCUAUCCUGACAUUAAGUAAGUAAUCUUUCCUUUUGGCUCCGAGUCUGAGACUGAAAGUUACUGAAAGUAAACAAAUGACAACUGAGUCCUGAAUGGAGUUGGUAAACUCAAGAAAUGAGCUGUUUGGGUGGUAUCCUGCUGCUGGGGUUUGCUUCCAGUGUAGCACAUUCUGGGGUCUCCUUGGAAAAGAGGCACAGAUCAUCUGCAGAAUAUUGGGUCAUCUCAAUGGAGAACAUGAGGUGAACAUAUGGGGAUGUUUAUCCAGAGAACAGGUUCUUUGCAGGUACCUCAUGGGCACUACAGAAUAGCAUUGACAGUACAGACUGUAGAGUAAUAAAGAACCCAAGUAAGUCUCUUCCCUUCUCUCAGGCUAUAAGGAUACAGAUGAGUCCUUAAUUCCUUAUUUGAAACUUUUGGAGAUAGGUAUGUUUUGGAGUUGGGCAUUUUUCAAAUUAUAAAAAGGGAAUAUAGUACAUAUAUAUUAAGUAAUACCCCAGCAGAAUUUAGGGCAGCGCCCUAUAAUCAACCUCAACAUUUCUCCAGUUAAAUAUAUAAAUGUUUAUACUAAAUGAGAUAAAGACUAUAAAUAGGGUCAUAAUGGUUGAGGCCAAGUUUUGGACCAAAGUUAUGAAAAAAACUUGUUUUUUCAGAAUUUUUUUUUUUUUUAAUUUUGGAAUUUUAGGUAAUGGAUUGUGGGCUUAUAAUUAAGUCUUCUCAGGUUAUUAUGAGGAAUCAGAGUGUGCUAGUCAAGCUUUCUAAACACAUCACAAGGAAGGCAUGAAUGCAGUCUCAAUGCAGAGCAAAAUACAAAUGUCCAAGUGAAUAGAUCUUUGGCUUGAAGAAAUAAAUUUACAUUGGACAACAUACAGCUUUGGAACAAGCUACCUUGGAGAAUUGUACACAUCCAGGGAUUGAAGGUGCCUUAGAAGAGUCUUCCUGUGGUGGGAGGGUGAUAGAAUUUAAUGCUUAUGAAUACUGGCUGCAUAUGAUUUCCCUUUUAAUGUAUCAGAGGGGAAUGGUAAGAAAUGGUGUGUGUGUAUGUAUGUGUGACAUGAGAUAACAUACAGGAACUACUUUAUAUUUCUUUAUAAUGUUGUAAUAAACAUCUUACUGCAUA